GAGAGGAUGACACAGGAGGGAGGGACGGAGAGGACUCCGGAUGAACAGUUAACAAGCUGCUGGCGGACAGAUGAUGUUGUGCUGGGGAGAUGGCGUGUCCUGCCAGCUAGGAUUAAGGCACCAAGACACUUCAGUGCCGCAGGAAGUGGAAUGUCUCCGGAACCGGGCGGUGAAAGCAGCCUGCUGUGGAGAAAGGCACUCGGUGUUCCUCCUGGGCGAUGGCACCGUGUUUACUUGCGGCGAAAACGGGAACGGACAACUCGGGAGGCAGGAGAGCGACUUCUCCAUCGGACAGGUAAUGGCUCUGAGCACAGAGGAGGUUGUCCAUGUGGCAUGUGGCAAGCAUCACACCUUGGCUCUUUGUCAAAAUGGAUCUGUCUUUGGCUGGGGAGCUGGAACGUAUGGGCAGCUGGGCAAUGAGAGAUGCUGUGGUAUUGUUCCUUAUCCAAGGAGAGUAGAAUUGGCUGGCGUUCCAAUAGUACAGGUUACGUGUGGCCGUUUCCAUUCCCUGGCUCUUUCUAAAGGUGGUGUUGUCUAUUCCUGGGGACAGAAUACCUAUGGCCAGCUUGGUCUUGGCAAAGACAUGUACAGCCAGAUACAACCCCAACAUGUCGUCUCUCUCACUGGAAUUCCAGUGGCACAGAUCGCUGCAGGGGGAAGGCACAGCUUUGUUCUGUCUCUCUCUGGGGCAGUGUUCAGCUGGGGAAGAAACAGUCAUGGACAGCUGGGCCUCAAGAGCACAGUGGAUAAAGUCAGCCCGUGUCGUGUGAAGCAAAUGAAGGAGCUCAGAGUCACGUACAUCUCUUGUGGGAAUCAUCAUACCGCUCUACUAACAAAGAAUGGAAGUGUGUUCACAUGCGGAGAAGGAAGAGCUGGGCAACUGGGACUGAGCACAAAAGAUGAUGUGAACACCUUUCAGAAGGUAGACCAAAUCAAGGACGAGGUAUCGCAGAUCGCCUGUGGCAGUUAUCACACCCUCGCCUACAUCCCAUCCUCUGAUCUUGUGGUUUCGUUUGGUUUUGCAAUCAAUGGAAAAUUGGAGGAAAGUUCAACAAACAAUCAUAUUCAUGCAGAGUUACAGAAUGCCAAAAUUUACAAGAUUUUUGCAGGAGCAAAUGCCAAUUUCAUUCUCACUCAGUGUCCAAUGCCUGCAGCUGAUUUCCGUUGCAGGGACAGUGCGCAGCAGAUUCUCACAUUGAAUGAAGCUAUCGUCAACAAAUGGAUCAACACAGCUGAUUACAGCAAAGAAAGGGAUGAAGCAAAAAAGGAAAUUGAAAUAGUAUUCUCCUCCUCAUCCUGUGUCACUGGGAGUUUUCUGAAGCAAAGUGAUAAUGGAGACCAACCCAAAACAGGGACUGACCUUUUGAGUGUUGACGUGGAAGCAGCCAGGGAAUUAUUUAGGAAGCUUAUGAUAACGGACUGGAUUGUCAAAACAAUAAUUCCAUUUCUGGCAUGGCAUUUAAUCCCAAAUCUUAAGAACUUGUGUCAUGACAAAGAAGCACUGAUGAUUUAUUUGAUUCUGCCAGAGAGUUCCUUGAUGCAAUACAAUGAAACUAUGCAAGAUAUGCUUUCUGUCUAUGUGGGAGCCAUUGAGAGGCUAAAUGAUGCUUCAAAAAACAUUCUGAAAAAUUGCUGGUCGACGUUGAAGUCAUCGUAUUUGAACAAUGUUGUCCAAACAUUUAGGGCUGCAGUGGUAAUUUUGCUUACAAGCCUCCAUGCCUUGUAUACAGAAUUGCCAUGCCAUCCUUCAAUUAAUAUAUUGGAAAAUAUUUUAAGGGAAGCUCUGAAUGUUCUAGAACUGGUGUAUCAUGCAAAUAUGAAAUCACAUCACAAAAUUCCACAAAACAAAUUCUACAUCGAUGAAGUUCUCCUGUUUGAUGUUGGCUUUGAAGUCAUUAGAUUUAAAGAACAUCAACUACGGCCCAAUGGGUUAGAAGAUAAGAAGGUACCACUUUGUUGCUAUCCAUUCAUCUUCAAUUUAAAUGCCAAGAUUCAGAUACUUCACAUGAAUUCAGUUUGGGAGAAAGCUAAAGCCUUUGUUGAAGCAAUGAAUUUCACAUACCGUAACAUCUGUAUGGGAAACCCUGAACCGCCCAAGUAUCCCAUCUUUAAACUGAAGGUUAACCGCCAAGAUUUGAUCACUGAUACUUUUAAGAAGCUGAUACAAGUUGAUGAGGAGGAUCUGCGGAAGGAACUCAAGGUAAAGUUUGAUGGAGAACCGGGUGAGGAUCUGGGAGCUAUAAGGCAGGAAUUCUUCCUUUUUCUCUUUAGACAGUUGAUUCAACCAGAUUCCAAAAUGUUUAUUUACCGUGAAGACUUCAGAAUCAUUUGGUUUCCCCCAGAGAUUUCAGUGCCCAUCAAAAACUACCGCCUGCUAGGAAUACUUUGCGGCCUUGUUGUAUAUAAUUUCAGUGUCGUCUACAUCCCAUUCCCACUUGCACUCUUCAAGAAGCUACUGGGUAUGAUGCCCACAUUGGAGGAUCUGAAGGAGCUAGUUCCUUCUUUCGAGAACCUACUGCAGCAUAUUCUGAACAGUGACGAGGACCUAGAUGUGGACAUAAACUUUUCUAUUACCUGGGAGAAAAAGGAGGUUGAGCUCAUUCCAAAUGGCAGGGACCGGGCUGUGACGAAAGAGAACACGGAGGAAUAUUUGAAUGCCUACAUCAAUUACGUAUUCACAACAUCAGUCAAAGAACCCUUUGAUGAGUUUCAAAGAGGUUUCUAUAAAGUUUGCGACAAGACUCUACUAAAGUUCUUCCAGCCACAAGAGCUGAUGGGCAUAUUGAUUGGAAAUGAUGACUAUGAUUGGAACAUGCUGGAAAAGAAUACCACAUACAGUGACAAUUACAGCAGAUCACACCCAACCAUUGAGAUAUUUUGGAAAGUGUUCCAUGAGCUGUCUUUGACUGAGAAGAAAAAGUUCCUGUUAUUUCUUACAGGCAGUGAUCGUCUUUCAGUGAUGGGAAUGGUGUGUGUGAACAUGCAUAUUAUCUGGAGUCCACUGUCAGAAGACAACUACCCAGAGGCAGAUGUCUGCUUUAGUAACCUGAGACUUCCAGAAUACAGCAGCACUGAAACUUUGAAAAAGCAACUGCUGACAGCCAUUAACACUAAAGAAAGAUUUGACAAAUUAUGAAGCACAUUUACAAUGAGGAAAAUGCAUUACAUUCCAUUUGGACUGUAUUUUAACUUCUAAUAGCACUUGCAAGUCAACACUUGCAUCAUCCUAGCUUAUGGUAGUCACCCAUCCACAUCAAGCAAAUGACACUAACCAAAAAAACCCACCCAAAAGAACCGCGGAUGCUGUAAAUCAGGAGCGAAAACAAAGUUGCUGGAAAAGCUCAGCAGAUCUGGUAGCAUCUGUGAAGGAGAAAACAGAGUUAACAUUUCGGUCUGGUGACCCUUCCUCAGAACUCAUGGUGGCUGGGAAAACAUCAGUUUAUAUGCAGAAAAUAAGGAGGUGUACUCCCUAUAGAAGUACUCCCUAACCCAAUCAUCUCCCUAACAAACUCACCAUUUAUGAUCUUAUUGAAAGGAAGAGCAAGCUUGAAGGGCUGAAUUAUCCAGUUUUUUGCUCCUAAUUCAAAUGUUUGAGACCCACAGUGGUAAAUUGAUUUUCCUGCAACUGUUCCUUUGAUUAGACCUAUCAUUCAAUUCCUCUACCAUCUGAUUGGCCGUGGCAAAGACGGACGGCAAAUAAGGUGACCAUAUCUUCCAACAUUACAUCACAACCAGCAGAUGCCUUUUGCUGAAAGAUCAUUUUCUCUGUGGACAGGUCCCCUAGCCUGAUUCACAACCCACCAUCAGGACAGUUCACUUGACCACGUCUAGUGUGGUAAUUGGGUUUGGUGUGGUGGAGGGUAAGGAGACAGCAUGAGGCUCCUACUCUGCUGGACCUCUGCCCAUUAUUCAGAGGCUUCUGCUCCCAUAUUUUUGACUCAAAAAAUAGGAAUGCCACGACCACAAACCAAGGCUCACUGUCUAGUGUCUGAUCACUAAGGCUCCAGUUAUUAGAGAUCAUUCAGUCAGGAACCAUGAUAGAGCCAGGCAAGAGGAGUCUGAGUGAAAUCAAAAAUAAACUGUAUUCCAUUUCCUCCAAGUACUUUUGAAUAUUAAUGUGAAAAAAGAGGACAUGUGGUAAGAGGCAGGGUGGAGAUAACAGGUUGUGGCAGGAAUUGUGCAGGAAAAUGUCGGAAUCAGAGUUGGCAAGUUGUUAAAUUACUGAUUCCACUCAAAAUUAAAAUGUGACAAAUAUCUUUGUGUUUAUGUGUUAAUGAUCUUUCUGACUAUAUAUAAUCAAUUUGAAGCAAAUCAUUAUU